AUGAUUCCGAUCAACCAUUAUGAUAAAAUUGAUAAUAAUGAUUCUUUAAAAAUUAAGAUUCAAAAUAAGUUAUCAGUUGACAUUGCUCCUGAGGUUGACUGUCUUUCGCAAAUUUUUAGCAAUGUGCCAAAGAAUCAUAUAAUUGAAGUUUUGAAAACCUGUGAAGGUGAUAAAAAUAAAGCGAGUGAAUUAUUAUCCAAAGAAUGUGACAAAAAUUUUGAUAUUAUUAUCUUGAUAGAAACAUUUCCACAUAUACCAAAAAGUAAGCUUGAGAGAAUUCAUGAAAAAAAUAAUUGUGAUAUUAAUAAGACUUCAAAUAAUUUAAUUUUUUCUCAAGACAUUUUAGUUCGUAAAAAUAACAAUCAAAAAUUUAAAUUAGUGCAAAAAAAGUCAAGAAAUACAAGAAAAAAACAACAACAUAUAAGCACGAACAAAUCAAAAAAUAACAAACCAACAAACAAUAAAGCUGAAAUUAAACCUCAAAACCAAAUAAAUAAUGAUUUCAAUGACUCAAAUAUUGAAAACAUCAAUUUUGAUUUACUAGAAACAAAUGAAAAUCACAAAAAACCAGAAAAACAUGCUUUGAUUUAUGAUCAAUUAGAAAUGAUAUUGAAAUUUUUAAGAUUGCCAGUAGAGUUGUGUGAGUUUUAUUAUCAAAAAAACUGUGCAAACGUUUUGAAAUAUAUAAUCGAUAUUAUAACAAAUGAAGAUUCCCCUUUUUUAACAUCAAAGUGCUCAGAAUCACCAAACUCAUUGGCCUCAGAUUUUUUGUUUAAUUCGCCUUUUAUCUCAAACAAAAAGGAUACCAUAGAUUUUAAUGUAGAAAGCCCAUUCAAUAAGAAAAAUCAUCUGAAGGGUUUGGAGGUUCUGAAAAAGAUUAAAGCCUCAGAAAUUUUAUGGAAAGAAAUACGAAAAAUUGAAUCCCCUAAAAAUACAUCUAAAAACUAUCAUAACUCCAUUAAAAAAGAAUUUUUCACAAAUUUAAAUUUCAAUAACCUGAAUUCAGAUAAUAUAGAAUCAGUGUCCAAUUUUAAAGUGGAUUCAACAACUUAUUUAUAUGAUCACAAUAGUAAUGAAUCAAUCAUGUUGAAAAAAUUUUUAACUGAGAAUUCAGAUUACGAUCAGUUAAAAUUGCCAGAUAUUUUUCUUCAAAAGUCAUUGGAGUAUUUUAAUGGUAAUUAUUUGCUUCUUAUUAAGUUGUUGAUUUAUAUUUUUGAAAUUCAAAAAACCAAAGAUGAUAGCAAAUUUAAGCAGCCCAAUAAAUCUGAAAAUGACAUCCCUCAUGGUAAUUGUUUUAAACAACCUUUAAAAAAUAUGAAUCCUUAUCUAAUCUUAUCGCUCAAAUCUGAAGGAUACAAAGAAUAUUUAAAUACUGAAAUAUCUUGUUAUAAUCGUAGAAAUCGUUCAAAUGAAAUUUUUGAGACAAGAGAUAAUGCAUGUAAAAAAAAAUUUACUUUAAAGUUGUCUGAAAGAUUAAAUGAAAAAUGUGAAUUACACCAAAAUAAUUUAAAAAAAAAACAGUUAUUAAAUUUCAAGCAGAAUUUAACAAUUGAUUUGCAUAAGUUUAGUUUAAGAAAUUCAAAAAAAACCACCAUACAAAUACUAGCAGAAUGGAAAUCAAUUGAAUUUGAGCUCAGAGAAAACGAAGGUAAUAUGAAAAAAAAUAAAUAUUAUAAUUUAGUUGGCCCAUUGAUAAUUAUAGCAGGAAGAGGGCUUCAUGGUAAAAAAGAAUGUCCCAGUAUUCGAACUUUUGUUGAAAAACAUUUAACAAAUAACAAAUAUAUUUUUAAUGAACAUUUAGGUACAUUUCAAGUUAUUGGCCAACAACUUUAA